AUGCACAUGCUAUCAAAUUACUUUAAGUUGAACCCAGAGACAUAUUAGAAUUAUAUUUUGUGGAAAUCCACAAUGACAAUCGUGUCUUUGUAUUAAUGUUUCGACAUACUCAUAACCAUAGUCCAGGCUUUGAAUUACUAGAUAGAGGGCCAAAAAUUGAUUUUUGUGUAUCGCAUAUUGAUCCAAGUCUUAUUGAUGAUAGCAUUUCAUAUUGCAAUGAGCAAAUUGAAAAGAGAAACAACCCUUCUAAUUAAUACAAUCACAAUGCUCAAAUAUUUCAGUCUAAUAAUAUUAUGGUUUGAAACUGAUUAUGACCGUAUCUACACCAGUGAGUACGAUCAAAGGAGUUAGGCGUUUGAAAUUUAUGGAAUCAUGAUAUUGUUUUUGAUCGCAAUCGAGUCUCAGCUGUGCAGAACUUUGGUCAUACUGUUUUCACUCUUCUACUCUCUAUUCAGAUUCCCAGCAUUCACUAAUACCAUCGAAGUUAUGGGAUCUACUAGGAUAAUCUUUGGACAUGUAGUGAUUUAAUCUUUGUUGCUUUAUCAUUUAUAUUAAACUCGAAAUUCAAAUGAUGCUCUUUUGACUAGGAAUUUGAGCCCGUUGCUCACAUAGAGGGCUGCUCAAAUAAACACCCAGAGGGAAAUGACUGAACCAUAAAAUAAAAAAAAUAACAUUGCAGAUAUUGCUAAUGACGAGUUCGAAAAUCUGAAUAAUUUGAAACAUCUAGAGGAACAGUAUGAAUUAUUGUUGAUCAAUUUCCAAUGUGGAAUCUACAUAUUUGAAAAUGCUUAGCAACCAAUUAGAAUAAUAAAUUCAUUCAUGUCUCACAUCGUCUUAAUCAAUGAUCAACUAAAUCCAGAGUUGACUCAACUGGAAUUGUAUGAUUUUGGGUUGCUCUCAGAAGAAUCCUGUACCAUACUCCCGAGCUUCCACAGAAGUAAAGACAUCAGUAAUUUCAUCAAAUUCACUUAAACCCUUGAGUACUAAUAUAUUAAUGCAUUUGAACUUAGAACAUCCAAUUUGACAACGUUUAGCCUGAGGAAAAGAAAGAGAUACAAUUCUUUUGUAGGAAGAUGCAAGUGUAAACCUUGA